AUGAAGGUUCGCCCGAAUUGGCUCCGCGAUGUUGCGUCCUUGGGUUGCACAGCCUACUAUCUCUUGGCGGCUGAGCAGGCAGACGACAAGGUUCGUCGUGUGCGAGCCACUCUGACACUGGAGCACCUGCGUGUGUCGUGGAAUAAGGGGACUACCCCGUACUUAUGGGCCCUUGCAGGCCUCGUACGCCCCCGACUUACCAGGUACCCGCCGCGUGCUAUCCGGAUUCCCCGGCCUCGUCAGUCGGUUUACACUGAGCCCACUAGUGCGUGGCUGUACUUCGAUGGGCCGCUCAGCGCACUCCGAAAUCAGACAUGUAUCGUCCUCGAUAUUCCUGGGGGUGGCUUUGUUUCUAUGACCCCUCGUCACUCUGAGGAUCGAUUACUGGCCUGGGCGGGCAGGACCAAACUUCCGAUCCUGAGUCUCAAUUACAAGAAGGCACCGGAGUACCCGUAUCCUUAUGCACUGAAUGAAUGCUACGACGUCUACCACUCGAUUAUCACUACCCGUGGCCGCUGUCUAGGGCUCAGUGGAGAUGCACCGCCUCGCAUCAUUCUCACAGGCGACAGCGCCGGAGCCAACCUCGCCGUCGGUACGACAUUGAUGGUGCUCCAGUCGAGUAAAAGUUCAUCUCCAUUAGGACAAGGUCCAGAUGCACUGCCAGGGCCCAGUGGCUUAGUUCUCUCUUACCCAGCACUCAACAUGAAGAUCGAGAGCUGGAUGACCGAGGAACAAAUGGCCUUGAUACAAGAGAAGAGCACCAGUCAAAGUGUCAGACAACAAAAGGACAUGGACUAUCAUAAGUUAACGCCAUUUGCAACUCCUGGUGUGUCCUUUGAUGACUUCCGACAGAAUUCUCCGGUGCCUGGCCGAGAUGCGGAGGCGGGUGCAUUCCCGGAUGACGAGCUGGAUUUGGUAGUUGAUGAUAAGCAAGAGAUCCCAGAAGCUCACACAGCUUAUCUUGCCAACAACCAACCCAAGAAGAUUCAAACACGAUUGGCUGUGUCCUCUGUGAUAUCAUAUGUCAAUGAUAGGAUCCUGUCACCAGAGAUGAUGCGCGCCAUGAUUAUCCUCUACAUCGGACCUCACAACCGCCCGGACUUCAAUACAGAUUACCUCCUUUCUCCUGUUCUUGCCCCUGAGGCCCUUCUCGCCCAAUUCCCAAAGACAUAUAUCUUGACCGGAGAACGGGAUCCUCUAGUCGACGACACAGUAGUCUUCGCCGGAAGGCUCCGACAAGCCAAACUGCGCCGCUUCCAGGAACGACAAGACCUAGGUCUCGAGAAAUCUCACCGGACAUUCAACGAAAAGGACCAUGUCGAAGUCUCAUUGCUGCCGGGUGUCUCUCACGGGUUCAUGCAAAUGGCAGGCUUCUUUCCCGACAGCUGGAAGCACAUUUACCGGUGCGCCGCUUGGAUUCAGAGCCUUGUCGACAUGUCCGAGGUCAGGAAACCAACAACGAGUUUCAGUGCUCUCCCGCAGAGCUCUGAAGCCGAAGCUCACAAAACUCCAAUUCGGAACCACAAACGCACUUUGACGGGCGAAUCUUCGGCAGACGAAGACAAGCCGCUGGAAAUGAGUAUUGGUAAAAUGACACCUAUGCCGACAACGGUGCGCCGUGCAAGCGACCCAGGUCACCAAGAGGGCGGCGAUACAUCGACACCAGCACUGCACGAUAGCACAACUCAAGACGGAGCAGCGUCAUCAGCGAAGCUCAGAGAUGACCGAAGUAUCUCCCGUGGCCGGACCAGCCGUGCAAAAGGAUUGGGGCGACGACGGCCUUUGGCUCCUAACAAGAUCAAUAUCCUACCCACGGUCGAAUGGGCGUCUGACCCGGUCAGUCCGAUCCCUAUCCGGCAGAGGGAGCACAGUUUAUGUAGUCUGGCUAGUGAAGAGGAUCUGUUGGGUCGUCGUAUGUCGGGGUUGGCUGGUGGAUUGAUGGGUCUUGGGGAGGUGGUUCGGACGCCGUAG